AUGCUGAUCAGUUUUCCUGAAAGCCUCCAAUCAGGCCGACAGUCGCGCUCCCUUCCUGUCGUCCAACUUAAUCUUGAUCUCCACUCUUCGGAAUCAAAUCAGGUUGUAAUGCGGACCGGUGGCAAGCUGUUCUUUGCUUCUAAUGCGUCAUCUGCGGAUUCACACCCGUCAGCGAUUAUACCACCUCUCGUAGUUGCAAAUCUCAAUCAGAUUUUUGUCCGUCCCUUACCGAUAUUUUGGAUCCGUCUUGAUACGGCCGGUUGUCGACUGGAUAUUGACAUCAGCUUGCUAGACAGACUUCAUCGUGUCGUUGAUGCAUUGGCCGUUUCCAAGCAAGCAGCCUUUAGCCUUGGUGGAAUGGCAUUUGACACCUCUCAGAUUGCUUCUUCUAGCACUACUAUCUUCUCUCAGGGUCAUUCGCCCUUACCGGAUAACCGACAGGCCUAUAACUCCGCUACUACUGGGCAGUAUCCUUCAGCGGCUGCAAACCAUGCAUCCCAGUUUGGCCGCUUCAUAGAGUUUCCUGCUUCCUCAUUUGCUGAGCCACACUCACCUCAUGAUAAGCGGCUUAAGGUAGACAAAUUAUCCUGUUAUUAUCCAAUUAUAUUAUGUAAAAUUUAUGACUGA